GAUAAGACAUCAAAUCUUAUAAUUAAAGCAGAUGUAAAACACAGCAUGGCGUGCUUUGGUACACCAUGAAGUUUGGCGGCGAACUCCUUCCCUGGGCGACGGCUUGCACGCAACCAUUAAUUUAGGGAGCCUGUUUGCAUAACUCUAUUACAUAUACAAACUUUUAGGACUCUCAACGCUGCCAGGGCCACCAAAGUCGCGCCCAAACCCAUUUGCCCUGGAGCGGACCGGGAGACCCUGGAGCAACUCGGAACCGGCUAACCAACUUCAACUGUGGGCUCGGCUCGGCCUCUGGUCGCUGAGGGCGCUGUUCGCGCGGGCGGAAAGCGCGAGGCGGCCUUCGCAAUCAGCGCACAAGCGCGGAGCCUGGCGCUUUGGGGACCGCGCGCCUGGGUCGGUUGGCGCGCGCGGGCCGCUAAGUGUGUAGCAUUUUAACACCUUCAAAGUUUUCGCGCGGGCCUGUGGGCACUGAGUCAGCCGAGUGGUGCCCCCUCGCCGGGGGCGCAGGCUGCACGAACGCUCCUCGACGCCCACCGCCGGGGGGCCCUAGGAGACACCCCAGGUCGCGCCUACAGCCGCGCGCUGUGUGUGUGUCUCUUAACUAAUUUUCAGCGAUAGCAGCAGCAUUCGGGGCUGCCGGAGCGGACGCUAACCUCAGCACACCCGCAAAAAGCGGGGCAGCUGUGGGCCCCACAGCGUAACCACACAUUAGUGCCACUCCGUCCAAGCCAGGCAGCACCUCAGCCGAUAACAAGGUCAUCAACAGGGAGGUAUAAAUGGACGUGGUGAGCCUGGUACCCGACCUGCAGCGCGCGCAGCACGACCACGCCGCAGCGGCCGCAGCCGCCGCAGCUGCGCAGCAGGCGGCCUUGUGGCAGCAGGCCGGCUUCUCGUCCGACGCCAACGCAAUGCUGGCAGCCGCCGCAGCCGCAGCCGCAGCAGCCGCGAUGGAGCAACAGCAGCAGCACCACCACCACCAUCACCACCAUCACGCCAUGCACCCUCACCCACACCAGCACCAGCACCCUCACCACCAGCCGCCGAACCACCACCACCAGCACCACCACCACCACCAGCCCAUGGGCCUGGGCCCAGGCGCCAUGGCUCCCGGCGUGCCGCCCUCGCCGCCGCAGCCGCCCGGCGCCGCCACCGCCGCCGCCGCCGCCGCCGGCCUGGGCUCCGCGGGUCUGCUGGGGCAGGCGGUGAUGGAGGCGGCGCUGGGCCACGCCCACGCCAUGGAGCACGCCCAGGCCGCCAUCCAGCAGGCGCAGGCGGCCAUUGAGGCGCAGCAGGCGGCGCUGGGGAGCAUGGGCAGCCUGGGCGGACACAUGGCCGGUCACGGGCACGGUCACGGGCAUGGGCAUGGGGAAGGGCACGGGCAUGGGCAUGGUCACAUGGGGGACGGCAUGCACCACCCGCACAUGAUGGUGGAUGACGGCACGGGGAUGGGCGGCGUGGCGGAGGAGGUGGCGGCGGCGCAGGGGCAGGUUGGGCAGCUGCAGCAGCAGCUGCAGCUGGAAGAGCUGGCGGCGGCGCAGGCGCACCUGCAGCAGCUGAUGCCGCUGGAGCUCACGGGCACGGAUCUGGCUGGGUUCAUGCAGCACGCCAUGCAGCAGGCGGUGGAGCAGCAGCAGGCGGCGGCCGCAGCAGCUGCGGCGGCGGCGGCGGCGGCGCAGCAGCAGGCGGCGGCGGGCGGGCUGCCGGAUGAGCAGCUGGCGGCGGCUGCGGCGGCAGCGGCGCAGCAGAAUGCGGCGCACGCAGCACUGCUGGAGCAGGCGAUGGCGCUGGCAGCGCUGGCGCCGCUGGCGGCGGCGGGGGGUAUGCCCAUGGACCACAGCGGCCAGUCGUCGUACGUGCAGAUGUCAGACGCCGCCGCUGCGGCCGCCGCGGCGGCGGCGGCGGCGGCCGUGGCGGCGGCCGGCGGCGGCAACCCGCCGGGCGCGCAGGGCAUGCCGGGCCAGGGCGCGCAGCCGCCCAUGUCUCACAUGGGCCCAAGCCACAUGGACUUAAAUUCAGCGGCGGCAGCCGCCGCCGCGGCGGCAGCGGGCAUGCAGCACGGCAGCAUGGCGCCGCCGCAGCCCACCGGCGGGGUACAGGCGCUGGGCCUGGGGCCGAACGGAAAGCCGCAGCGGGAGCGCAAGCGCCAGAAGCAGCAGGAUUUCGAAUACGGGGACCUAAAGGCCUUUGGCGACGGCACCAACAGCGGCGGCGCCGGCGGGCGCAGUGGCGGCGCCGGCGGCGACAGGCGGGUGCGCAAGCGCGCUGAAAAGAAGCGCAAGCGCGCGGAGCGGGAGCUGCAGGAGUGUGCUGGUGUUGAGGAGGAGGAAGAGGACGAUGACGACGGCUUCCUCAGCCUCGGCGGCAUGCAUGGCGGCAGUGACGAUGGCGGCAGCGGCGGCGCCGCGGAUGCCGGCAGCCUGGCGGCCGCCGCCGCCGCCAAGCUGGCCCGCGCGCAGGCGCAGCAGGCGGCGGCGCUGGCGGCGGCGGCGGCAUCAGGGUCCUUGGCGGGCGGCGGCGGCGGGGGGCCGGCGACGGGCCACAUGGCGCCGCAGCGGCCGCUGCAGCAGCACCAGCCGGGCGACGGCCACAUCAGCGGUAUGGGGGCCAGCUGCAUGGACGGCGGCGGCGGGGCUGGGGGCGGCGGUAACGGCGGCAGCGCGUCUUCGGACUCGCAAGCGGCCGCGGCCGCGGCAGCCGCCGCAGCGGCUGCGGCUGCGGCGGAGGCGUUGGGCACGGGCGUUCUUACCGACACCGAGGGCUUUCGCAACUCCGCUCAGUCACUGAUGGCGGCAUUGCUGGCGGCGGCGGUGCCUGGCGGCGCCGCCGCCAGCGCCUUCCACGGCCUGGCGGCGUACGUUGGCGGCGACAUGGCGCCCGGCGGCGGCGGCGGCGGCGCUCUGGACCCGCAGUCGCUGGCGGCGGCGGCGGCGGCCGCCGCUGCCGCUCCAUCUAUCUCGGGUCUGUCAAUGAGCAGCCUGUUUGGCGGGAACGGCAACUCGCUUAUGGACGCGGCAGCGGGCGCGUUCGGCGGCAUGGGUGUGGCCGGCGGCGACGCGGCGGGCGCGGGGGCAGGCAUGGACGGCCAGGUGGGCCUGGCGGCGGCGGAUGGGUCCGGGGCCUCCCUGACGCACCAACAGCAUGCGGAGGCGGCCGCCGCCGCAGUGGCGGCGGCCGCGGCGGCGGCGGCGCAGGCGGUACAGCAGCAGGCGGUGGCGGCGGCCGCGGCGGCGGCGGGGCAGCAGGGUGGGUCGGCCGCGGCGCAGCCGGCAGGGAUGCCGCAGCAGCAGCAGCAACAGCAGCAGCAGCAGCAGCCGGCACACGCACAGGCACAAGCUGCGGGUGCGGGUGCGGGCGAGGCGGCGUCGAAGCCUCAGCGGGGCGGCCCCAAACGCAUGACCCAGCUGUCCUGGAACGAGGACCUGCAGCGCACCGACGUCAAGUCCGGCCCCUUCUCGGCGGCGGAGAGCGAGGCGGCCAAGAACGCGGCGCGGAACUACGCGCAGUCCCACGGCAAGAGCUGCACGGACUGGAGCUGGAUGUUCGCGCUGCAGCGGGAGGGCAUGCACGGCAUGAUCACCAUGAUCUCCGACGCCGUGCCGCACCGCACCCGCAAGAGCCUGUGGGCGCACCUCACCCGGGUGCUGCACUCGGGCAACUACAAGGGCCACUUCACGGACGAGGAGGACCGGCGGCUGCUGGAGCUGGUGGAGGCGCACGGCCGCAAGUGGAAGCUGAUCGGCACGGAGCUGGGCCGGCUGCCGGAGCAGUGCCGCGACCGCUGGCGCCACAUCGGCAUCAGCCAGCAGCGCACCACAGGCCCCUGGUCGUCCGAGGAGCAGGCCAAGCUGCAGGCCCUGGUGCGCGAGCACCUGCAGGCCAAGCAGCGAGCUGGCGGCCUGGUGGACGACUCCCUGGCAAUGGCGGCGGCGCUGUCGGGAGCGGGCGCAGGCGCAGACGCAGGCAGCGCCGCGGCGGCGGCGGCGGCCGCCGCCGCCGCCGUGGCGGCCUUCGGCAUGGGCGCCGUGGGCGGCGGCGGCAACGAUGCGGAACGGAGGGGCGGCAAGGGCGGCGGCGGCGGAGGAGGAGGAGGAGGAGGAGGCGGGCGGCGGAUUGUGCUGGAUGGCAUUAACUGGGAGGCGAUUGCAUCCAAGAUGGGGUCGCGCAACCCGCAGCAGUGCAAGGAGAAGUGGUACGACGCGCUGUGCCCCAGCAUGGUCAGCCGCGGCGAGUGGGGCCCGGGCGACGACCGCCGCAUGCUGCGCAGCCUGCUGGCCAGCGGCGUGUCGCGCGAGUGGGAGGUCAACUGGGAGGCGCUGGUGGAGGGGCGCAACGCGGCGGCGUGCAAGCGGCGCUGGCGGCUGAUGCUCAAGACCGUAGCCGACCACCGAAACAUGGAGUUCACAGACAUACUGCAGCUGCUCAUAGACAAGUACGCGCCCAAGCUAAGACACGCCAACAACGCAGCCGCCGCAGCCGCAGGCGCGCUGGGCCUGCCGGCGGCGGCCAUGGCGGCGGCGGCGCAGAACGCGGCGGCGGUGGUGGCGGCGGCGGUGCAGCAGGCGCAGGCCCAGGCGCAGGCGGCGGCGGCGGUGGGGCAGGCGCCCACGCCGGAGCAGCUGCUGGCGCAGCAGCAGGCGCAGGAGCAGCUGCAGCACAUGCUCACGUUUCAGGGAGCCAUGGGGCUGAUGGGAGCCGCCGCCGCAGCGGCGGCGGCCGGCGGCGGCGACCCGGCGGCGGCGGCGGCCGCCAUGGCUGGCGGCGUGGACGGUCUCGGCAUGCUGCCGCCUGCGCACGGCGGGCACCCACAGCUUGCGGGGCUGGACCCACAGCAGCAGCAGCAGGCGGCCGCGGCAGCCGCCGCGGCGGCGGCGGCAGCGGCGCUGGCUGGUCAGGCGGCGGGCGGCGGUGGCGCGGGGGUGAUGGGGAUGCCAGGGAUGGACCACCAACAUCACCAACACCAACAUCACCAGCAUCACCAACACCACCACAAUCAGGAUGUCAUGGCGGCGGCGGCGGCGGCAGCUGCGGCGGCGGCGGCUGGCGGCGGCGCGUACGGCGACAUUGAGUGAUGACGCUUCUUUACACCUGCCAUUUUGCUAGGCAGGCAGCGCGUGCUCGGGCGGUGUGCGUCAUCGUGGGUUCACUUUCAGACAAUAGCUCAUAGGCAGAGGAGUCCAUGUAGAUAGAAGUGUUGUUUUGGGUGUAUGGGAAUUGGUAGCUUCACGAAAGAGCUAUGCAGCCCAGGGGGCCGGCACUCAGAUAGUUGCACGGCUGCCCGAGCAAGUGGUGACAGCCUACUACAACGCCUCAGUACACAGGAGAAUACGAAGAGAAGCCCAGUAGCCACGGGAUGGCAGGCAGUGGGGAACUGGGGAUCACGCGCGGGCAUGUGUCGAUUGUGAUAGGUGUGGUGAUGGCGGCGGCGGUGAGGCGUGCCCGCGUGCCGCCGAUGAGGCCAGUUGCGAUGCGGAAUGUGGGAGCAGGUUGUGGACAGGGGCGGCACCAUGGCUGCAUGUGGAGUUUGGACCCAGGGGGCAUGCAUGCGGGACCCGCAUAGGCAUAGGCACACAGGACAUGAGAUAUGUCGUUUGUCACGUGCGCGGUCAUAUCACAGCCUGGAAGGUGCACGCGAACCGGGUCGUGUGCGACCAGGUGCAGGCGUGCGCCUGAGCAGGAUACGGUAUAACACGAUGUUUGUGGACGGCCUCAGAGAAACACUGAAGGCCCCCAUGUGCGCCUAUGCUUUCGAUCCAGA